AUGGCUGGGGAGCUCUCCCUCAACCUUUCCGUGCAGCCCGCAGGAGGAAAUGUCAGCAAUGCUUUGGUGCCAGGGGUGGUGCUGAAGACAGACCUCCUGACCCCUUCCAGGGGCACGGCGAUGUUUAUCGUCCGCUGUGUGAUCCCUUCGCUUUACCUGCUCAUCAUCACCGUGGGCUUGCUAGGCAACAUCACCCUGGUGAAGAUCUUCAUUUCCAACAGCGCUAUGAGGAGCGUGCCCAAUAUCUUCAUCUCCAGCCUGGCCGCCGGAGACCUCUUGCUGCUGGUGACCUGCAUGCCGGUGGAUGCCUCCAGUUACCUCUUCGAGGAAUGGAUGUUCGGGAAGGUGGGCUGCAAACUCAUCCCGGCCAUCCAGCUCACCUCGGUGGGCGUGUCCGUCUUCACUCUCACCGCCCUGAGUGCAGACAGGUACAAAGCAAUUGUAAAUCCCAUGGAUAUCCAAACAUCAAAUGCAGUUCUGUGGACGUGUUUUAAAGCUUUCGCCAUCUGGAUAAUCUCCAUGAUGUUAGCAGUUCCUGAAGCAGUUUUCUCUGAAGUGGCCCAAAUCGAUGGCACAGAUAAUGUCAGUUUCAGGGCAUGCAUACCGUAUCCCAAGACAGAUGACAUGCACCCAAAGAUCCACUCUGUGCUGAUAUUCUUAGUAUAUUUCCUUAUCCCUCUCACCAUCAUUAGUAUCUACUACUAUCAUAUUGCUAAGACUUUAAUUAAGAGUGCACACAAUAUCCCUGGAGAAUAUAGUGAGCAUUCUAAAAGACAGAUGGAAACUCGAAAGCGUCUGGCAAAAAUUGUUCUGGUCUUCGUUGGCUGUUUUGCCAUCUGCUGGUUCCCUAACCAUGUAUUGUACAUGUACCGGUCCUUUAAUUACAGUGAGAUCGACCCAUCGCUAGGACAUAUGAUCAUUACCUUAGUGGCCCGAGUACUGAGUUUCUGCAACUCCUGUGUCAACCCAUUUGCACUGUAUUUUCUGAGUGAGAGCUUUAGGAGACAUUUCAACAGUCAACUGUGCUGCAGGAGAAAAUCUCAUCGAGAGAGAUCCACCAGUUAUCUGCUCAGCUCCUCUGCCAUACGAAUGACUUCUCUGAAAAGCAAUGCCAAGAACACUGUGACCACCUUGACGCUACUGAAUGGGCACAACCUAAAACAGGAAAUGUCAUUAUGAUUUCAACAGUGUAGUACUUUAUCUGGGAAUAAAUUUGGGCUUUUAUUUUACAGCCAUGUCAAUAGCUUAAGGUGCUUUCACUAGUUCUUGAAACAGAGGAUUGAUCCAAGUCUCUCAAUUUGGGACCAUUGCAUAUCUAACUUCUAAUUACUUCAGACAGAAGUGAAUGAUAUUACUGAGUGAGAAGAGAAGAAUGAGUGUUUCUAAGACUAUUUGUUAAGGGGCACAAUUCUGUACAUUUAAUAUACAGGAUAACAAAGGUAUGGUGUUAAUAGAUGUGUAACUGAUUUGAUGUUAUUUAAAAAAGAAUAUUGAUUCACUUAGCUGAACAAUUUAUGGUAGGUAGGGGUGAAAGUAAGAUAAAUUACUUACCGGUAUGGAGCCCGGAUC